AGCUAGGGUAGAAAGUGUGAUGAUGACAUAGGGUCACAGAGCUAGGGAAGAAAGUGUGAUGAUGACAUAGGGUCACAGAGCUAGGGUAGAAAGUGUGAUGAUGACAUCGGCUCACAGAUUUCAGCAGUCACUGAUCUGUACGCUGAUGCAAGUACGUACCCACCUUGAGUCCAUCGGACGCCGCGCCUACAGUGACGUCACAUUACUUCGCACGUUCACUUUGACAUCUAAUUAUUAUUGUAAAGAUAACGACAAGAACAUCUGAUUAUAUGAAAAUAUGUCUUUACUCGGAUGAGCGCAGAAGCCGAAGUUUAUGACUGAUCUACACAUUUCCUGCAUUGCGAGUGUUAUGUAUCGCGAACGAGCGUUAUGGUGGGUUGUGCGCAUGCGCACAUCCUGAAGUCUCCACUAGCCGAGGCUAUAAGAGUGCAGUCACAGGCGGGUGCCGCGCGUUGUACAGCUACUCAAGUACGACACACGGUCAAGUAGACGUGCGCUUACACAAUUUACUGUGCACUAUUGGGUGAUAGAUUUCUUAUCAUGUCGUCGUCCACCAUUUUUCUACGAUCUAGUGCACGCACACUUUGUGCGUCGAGAAUAGUUAUCAGUGCGGCGGAACUAAAUUUGUCGUCUGCACCAGCAGUUGGGAGACUCGUCUGCGCUGUUGCACCUCAGGUGCGACAUUUAACGACGCAGAGAGAGAUUCGGGAAAAUAUUAAAGACUACAGAGAAGGCAAAUUCGAUAAAAUUCCUGACCCAGGACAUCUGGAACAUUUCAGAAACAAGUCCGAAAGAAAGGUGAAGGUCGCCGAGGAAGGGGAGAGGUCACAACAAGGAGCGCAGCAAGUGCAGGGCGUUCAGAACGUGCCUGGAGUCGACGGAGAGCAGUCUGUUCAGGGGGCUCAAGGUCACAUAAAUGAAGAACCACCAAUGGGAGUUUACGCCAUGCCCCAUCCCAUAUGGACAGAGGACCAGCUUCAUGAUGUUAAAGUGACUCAUAAACCACCAGAGGGCAUUGUUGACAGGCUGGCACUUAUCACUGUCAAAACUCUGCGAGGCUGUUUUGACGUAUUUUCUGGAUUUAAAACUGGUCAAAGAACAGAUGCAAAAUGGUUAAAUCGCAUUAUUUUCCUGGAGACAGUGGCUGCAGUGCCUGGCAUGGUGGCAGCCAUGGUGCGCCACAUGAAAUCCUUGCGCUGGAUGCAGCGUGACCACGGGUGGAUCCACACUCUCUUAGAGGAGGCUGAAAAUGAAAGGAUGCAUUUAAUGACUGCUUUACAACUUAAACAACCCUCCACAUUGUUUAGAAUGUCUGUUAUUGGUGUACAAGGAGUAUUUGUUACAAUGUUCUUCGUGUGGUAUGCAGUUAGCCCUCGAUUUUGUCAUCGAUUUGUGGGCUACCUGGAGGAGGAAGCUGUCAAGACAUACUCCAAGUGCCUAGAGGAUAUGGAACAUGGCUCAAUAAUCCACUGGAAAACGCUACCUGCACCUCCUGUGGCCAUUAACUAUUGGAGACUACCGGAGAACGCCAAGUUGCGAGAUGUCAUUCUGGCUAUCCGAGCUGAUGAAGCCCACCAUCGAGUGGUGAACCACACUCUAGCCUCCUUGAAGAAAGAUGAAUUCAACCCUUACAAGCCUGGCCAUUGACGAAUCGGAACCAAAGGCAACACAAUUUCCAGUCUCUGGAAGAUGGAGAUUUGCGCGGAACUGAGAUAACUGACUCUUUUUUGUGUUCAGUUCAAUUAAAAUUGUGUACAGUGUUAUUAUGUCUCUAGCCCCUAAAACAGCUUACUUAGCUGGGUUCAUAGAGUUUUUAUUUUAGCUUUAAAUAUUUGGAGAUCAUCAAGUAACUUUGAGAAAUGUAUUUUCUACUGUGUGAUACAGAUACUUUAAGCAGAUAUUUUACCUAAAACUUUUCUUCAUCUAUUUGAGGAGUCAAGAAGGAAGGCUUACAGAAAAAGCCAUGAUAAUUCUUAUGGAAAGCAUUGAUGGUUACCGCGACGUUUCUUAAGGACACCUGGAUGGUUUUAAACUGUUGUAAUGGUCUCAUUCUUGAGAACUUAUCAUUAAUCCUAAGUGGUAACACGGUCUCUUUGUGGCAUUAGCACACGAGGUCCAGAAUCUCAUUCCCUGGUCGCUAUGUAUUUUUGCUUUUUUAAUCUUCAUAUUGACUUUGAAUAAAGUGAACAUAAUUUUUUUCAGAAUCUCUGAAUGCAAAGAAAAUGAUCACAUGUAAAAAAAAAAUGGUGAUCAAAAACAAAGUUGCAAAUAUCACAAGAGGGGAACAGGGGAAUCACAAGAAGUCUCCAUCAUCAUCAUCAUCAUCAUCAAUCAAUCCAUCCACCCAUCAAUCAAUCAAUCGUCAUCAUCGUUGUUAUUAUUAGUUUACAUAGUGCAUACUGUUCGCGAGGAUGAGCGGAUGCACAUUAACGCGUGUUUGCACGUGAGCUCAUUUGCAUAUAUAUAUAUGGAAGUCAAGUAGGACACGAAGAAUUGGAUCUUUGUGGAUAUAGCCACGUAGGCAUAGUCUUUCAGGUAAAUAGUCCCUUUGGUGUCAUGUUCCAUAUUCAUAGUUUUGUGGGUCGACUUGUCAGUAAUUGAUGCUCGAGAUUCUUUCAUUGUCGGGACGAUAUUAUUGUCUCCUUUUUAUAGGUGUCGCGCUCUGCAUCAAGAACUUGAUUUACACUUACUCCUCUUCAGUUAUUGUUUCUGUAUAUUAUUUUUGAAACAUUUUUAUUUGUUGUUCUGUAUAUUAUUUUUGAAACAGUUUUAUUUGUUGGUGUAUUUUUACUUACAAGACACAACAGUUUGAAGACUGGAAGUAUUUGCCCCUUUUUAGGGCGUUUUUAUCGAGGCAGGUCAGUCAAGGAAAGGCAGCGAUGGAGACGAGCUUUGAGGCAUUUGUUUAAUAUUGUUGGCAAUCGUGCUCGUUUAUUGAUGUAUGUCUCGUCUUAUCGCGGUAAUUGGCAGUGACUGAAACAGUGUAGGUACGGCCCGUUGUAGCAGUCACGAUGUAGUGAAGCCUGAGUCUGUCUCAUACAUCAUAGUCCCCAUUAAUGGAAGUCAGGGGGUCACACCCAUGUUUGAGGGCCAACGAAAGAGUGGCAUCGUGCCGAGAGUCCUUUGAUGUUUGUAGUUAUUGUAAAUUUUCGAUGCAUUUAAAAUGAACGUUUAUCGAAUAGAUGUGUUUGUUACUGAUGGCAUAGAUGUAUCCUGCUUUAAUAAACUCGGCCUCUUAA